AUGAACGUCGCCUUCGCCGCGGAGGCAUUUCCGGAGAAGGUUGCGGCCGCGGUGUUCGUCACCGCGGUCCUGCCAGACUGCGCCAACCCGUGCUCGCACGUCUUCGAGCAGGUACAUCGGUUAUUGAGAAUUUUUAAACAAACAGACCCUAAGCUUUCCAUAUGGGACCUGACGGACAGCGUGACAGACGCAGAGCACGUCACCCUUUGGUAUUCCUCGGGCCCGAAUUCUUGUGGCAAGAUCUCAGCUUGGCACAAGAUCUACCAGCUGAGCCCACCGGAGGACUACACGCUGUCCCAGAGCCUGGCUCGGGCGAGCUCCUUCUACGUCGCCGAUCUGCAGAGACAAGCGCCGUUCAACGAGACCCGGUACGGCGCGGUGAGCAAGAUGUACGUCGUUUGCAAGCAGGACCUGACAACAGUCGAGGACUACCAGAGGCAGAUGAUCGCUGGCUGUGCGGUGGCGGAGGUGAGGGAGAUCGCCGACGCCGACCACAUGGUCAUGUUCUCCACACCGGCCGAGCUCGCGGGGCACCUCAACGAAAUCGCCAACACGUACGCCUGAUGCCAUCGUUUGGUUGGGCCUUGCAGUGAAAUAGACCUACUAGUUCAGUAGUAUGCGGAACAUAGUACACCGUACACUGUAUUUACGUAGGAUCGAUUACCUAUAAAAUAUGUAAUCAAGGGGUAAAUGACCGCGGCAGCUAAAUUCAAAUUUCAAUAAAUCCUAAGGAAAAAUUCAAUAUAACCUCGUAAUCAGUUCGGGACAUACUCUAAUUUUAACUAUA